CUCUUCCCCGCCGGAAGCGGCCCAGGCUGCGGCAGUCGAGCUCCGAGCACGCGCCGGGUUGGGCGAUUGAUUGCUUCCGCCUCGUGACGUGUUAGGUCGGCGUCCACUGGCGUUCCAGGAACUCCCCCGUGGAGCAAGAUGGCGCCUUCGCGGCCGUCUUCGAGGUGGCGGACCGGAGGAUUUGCGGCGCGUGGGGAAGGGACCCCUCAGAUCAGAUUCGGAAACCAGAAUGGGAAACGCAGGACUUGGCGGCCGAACCCCCAGCAAGCCUUCCGGGGGAGCGUGCGCGAGGGACAAGGUUUUGCAUUUCGGAGAAAACUGAAGAUCCAGCAAAAUUACAGGAAAUUGCUGUGGAAGGUGAAGAAGGCACCAGGGUCACAGGAGUCCCAGUUCACAGAUCAUUACCCAGAGCACCUGAAACACCUCUAUCUGGCCGAAGAGGAAAGACUCAGAAAACAGCAAAGAAAGGCUGGCCGGGCUUUGUCAGAAGAACAGGUUGACCAGCCUUUGCCUGAAGAGGAGGGCAGCACUGAGCAGACUUCCUCUGAAGAACAGCCAGGUGUUCACCAGCCUCAGCCAGAAGAGCUGAACACAGGAAAUUCUGUGACUUUUCCAAAGAAAAAGAAAAAGAAAACUUCAAACCAGAAGGCACAAGAAGAGUAUGAACGAGUACAAGCGAAGCGUGCUGCUAAGAAAUUCGAAUUUGAAAUGAGAAAGCAAGAGAGAGAAGAGGCUCAAAGGCUCUACAAAAAGAAAAAAAUGGAAGCUUUCAAAAUACUGAGCAAAAAGACUAAAAAGGGCCAGCCUAACCUGAAUCUACAGAUGGAGUAUCUUCUGCAGAAAAUACAAGAAAACAGUUAAAGCGGACACUUUGUCUCUAAGGACUGAAUCCUGACUGACUGUUGCAUCCUUUUGUACGUGUAUGGGAACCUCCUAAUGAUGAACUCAAUUUGUUGGCAUCAAGUGGAUUGUUAAAUUAUUUUUUGUUUUUGUGAGAGAAAAUUUUCUAUGUAUAUUCUCCACCACCUCCCCCCCCCCCCAAAAAAAAGACAUUAUCCUGAAGAUCUUUAAAAACUUCAGUGGAAUUUAAAUGAAAUAUACUGCUUUGAAAUAGGCCUGAGCUCACAGUGAGAUAUUUUCAGUGAAGUGAACAUGUUUCACUUGGUUACUAGAAAUUAAACUUAGGUCCUUGCACUAGCCUGGCAGCUGUACUAACAUUAACUACAUUGUCGCCCCUGGGAGUUUUGAGAUAAAGUUUCAGCUUAUAUAUUUGCUCUGAAACUUGUGCUGUUGCCUCCGCCAGGAAGACUGGGAGUUCAGAUCCAACACCACCAGCCCUGAUUAUUUAGUGUUUUCAUUCAUUUUAAUUAAGGAAAGGAGUGACUCCUUUGCAGUUUUUAUUUAUUAAUUUCUAGUAUAUAAUACAGGAAAGCAGGUUUUCUAGGCUACCUGAAAGUACACUAAAAGAGUUUGUAUUUCCACAAUAACGUAGACCUAAUAAAGAGAUUUUAUUUAUGAA